AUGGCCACUACAUAUGAAAGAUUCCCAUUCCAUGAACCCGGUACAGGACCAGAGUCCAUGACAACAGCGUCAGAGAACCCACCAGCUUACGACUCCCUCUCACACGACGGCCUGCGGCGGCCCAGCAUGGGGAAAUGCUUUUUGCAAUGGUUCUGGCCAGCAUGGAUGAUCGACGGCGCGAAACCACACGACACCACCGAUCCAUCAAGGACUCAGCACAACUACCCACAGACUAGCUCUUGCUCUCGAAAGACCAGCCGCGAAUCUGCAUCUUCGCAGCGACCCGGAACACAGACGCAGGAACAGUCCCUGGCCGACACGGAUGAGGAAAACCCCGCAUGCAAGGCGUGUCGGACGUGGGGCGUUUCGUGUGACCGCCAGCGCCCGCGCUGCUCGCACUGUCUCGACCAGCAGAUCCUAUGCUUCUAUGUAGCACCGUUACGGAAGACGAUGAAGAAAUCGAGCAAGUCGCGAUCCUCGCGAACUCAAACAGAGGCGCCGUUGCGUCUGCAGGAGAGGUGCUGCUGA